GGAAAACACAAUCCUUCAGCCAUCUUUCUCGGAUGGGGGGGCGAUAAAAGAAUGAAAUGAAAACCCUCCAACCUGGCUAGUGUCUUUGCGUGAGCUGAUUUCCAUCGCCCUACAUUCCGUCCUUCCAAAUUGCGUGGAGGGUUUUUAUCUCCAUUAUAAGAUGGGAUAAUUUCCUCGAAUUGUUGUUUUCUGUCUUCUCCCCCUUCAAUUUGCUCUCCUUUGGCGGAACCUGCCGAGCCGCCACCAUGGAUGUGUAUCAGAGGAUCCUGAACAUCGCAUUACCUCCUCUGGUUUGGCUUACGGUAUUUGUGAUGUUACCCUGGUUAUUUGCGUUCAGGGCUUUUCAUUUCGUCGUCAAACGAACGUUAUGGUACGAGAAUGUGUCGGGUAAAGUCGUGGUGAUCACCGGCGCUUCAUCUGGAAUCGGCGAGCACCUAACGUACGAAUACGCGAGGAGAAGGGCACGAUUGGCCAUAGCAGCCAGGAGAGAAGAUCGUCUCCAGUGUGUCGCGGCGAAAGCCAGGCAGUUGGGUUCGCCGGAUGUCAUCUUCAUCAGGACCGAUGUUUCCAAGUUUGAGGACUGCAGAAAGCUUAUUCAGGAAACUGUUGAUCACUUUGGGAGAUUGGAUCACUUGGUGAACAAUGCUGGGAUUACCAAGCUCUCCUGGUUCGAGGAUUGCACCCCUGUUUCUGAGUUUCAAAACCUUAUGAACAUCAACUUCUGGGGUGCUGCAUAUUGUACCCAAUUCGCCGUGCCGCAUUUGAGGAGAACCAGAGGAAAGAUUGUAGCAAUUUCCUCUGUUUCAGGGCGUAUGGCUUCCCCUAAGAUGGGUUUCUACAGUGCGAGCAAGUCGGCAAUGAUAAGCUUGUUUGAGGGACUGAGAGUUGAAGUCGGUUCAGAAAUCGGGAUCACCAUCGUCACUCCUGGUUUAAUCACUUCCGAAAUGACCGAAGCUGAAGAAGUCCAAGCUGAGCCUUUUGUGAAGUUCAUACCACCUGAAACCCCAGGAACCUGCGCCAAAGCGAUCGUGAACGGUGUAUGUCGUGGGGAUCGGUACCUGACGGAGCCAUCAUGGAUGAGGAUGUUCUACCUGCUCAAGUUUGCUUGCCCUGAAGUUAUGGAACUCUGCAAUCAGUUGAUAAUUGCUAACUUGAACGGAAAGAAAGUUGCCUAGUCAGGACUCUGGCUCUGUCAGGAUUAUUACAGAAGGGUAGCUAACAGGAGUCUGUCUGUGGUAGUUACAAUCUUUCUGUUUCAGCGUUUUGCUUUCUUUUUUUCCUUGUUCCCUUGGAUCACAUCACAUGGCUGGAAUCCUGAUUAUACAUGACAACAAUGAAUAAAUAGAUGGGUAUGACAACAGUAGCGGCGGUUGAUAGCCUUUUGAAGCAAAGAUGAGCAGGUGAUACCAAUGUUCGAACCCACAAUCGAUUGAUAGCGAGUCUGGCUGUCUAGCGUAGAACCACAAGGAAGUAAAUUCGGAUGUCGUACGCGAGGAGGAAUUGCUCGGUUCUGCACUCUGCUAAAAUCGACAGUGAAAACUGGCGAACCAAAGCACAAACUGGAGGAUUUGAGUUGUCGAUUCUUGAAAACAACAAGCAAAACCUUUACACUUACAAAAAAAAUAUAGCAUAGUCAUGCUUCAGGAAAUGGCGAACAGUGAACCGGUGGUGAAAAGUGGUGGACCUGAGAGCAGAUUGACGGAGUUGCACCACCAUCUUCACCAACACAACAAAACUCUUGGGUUCUACAAAGAAAACUGACGGCUCUGAUCAGAAAACUUAUAGAGAAGAAGGUGGAAAACCCGAUUCUCGAAGCUAGAAUACUAAAAAGGUUGGACUGAAUCUCGAUUCAACGAAGAUAUAUCUACCACAUGUUCUGUUUCUUCUUUGUAAUCAUGUUUUUCUCCAUAUGACUAUUAGUAG